GGUAGCAGAGCAGAGCAGGGAAAUUUCCCUAUGUUAUGGGCCUUAUGGCUUUGUGCGCUAUUAAACUCAUAGUCAAUCAAUAUUCCAUGAAGUAAAGUCCAAAAUAUGUAUAGAAGAAAUUCAGAGAGAGAGAGAGACAAUUUUGGCGCUGUGCUAAUGUCUAAUGAUAUAUAAAUCUAAAUAAAGAACAGAGGAGAGAGAGAGGGGGAGAGAUAGAAAAUGGAUGUGAAGAAAAUUGUGGUGGUAGUAGAAGAUGUAGAUGCAGCUAGAACUGCUCUACAAUGGGCUCUUAGAAAUGUCAUUCGCCAUGGUGACACAAUCACUUUGCUCCAUGUCUACCACUCCACAAGAUCAAGAAGCAGAAGCAGAGCUCGUCUUCUUCGCCUCAACGGCUUCCGGUUAGCCCUUUCCUUUCAAGAGAUGUGCAGCAACUACCCCAACACAAAGGUUGAGAUCAUUGUCACGGAAGGGGACCAAGAAGGAACCAAGGUUGCUGCUACGGUCCAAGAGAUUGGAGCUUCAAUGCUUGUGGUUGGACUCCAUGAUCACAGUUUUCUUUACAAAUUCGCCAUGGCCCAUUCCCAUAAAAGUAUAGCCAGCAACUUCAACUGCAGAGUACUUGCCAUCAAGCACCCUCAUUCUGACCACAUGAUUUCUUCUGCAGUAGCUGUUUUAGACAGUUCAACCAACAUGGACUUUUCACAAAUUGACAUUUCUCAAUUACAAGUCCCUCAUAUCACUCCACCAAAAAUUCCGUACCGAAUCUGCCCUAUUCCGUCUGCAAUUAUUUGGAGAUCAAGGAGAACUAGGAGAAGAUGAAGGACUCAAAUUCCUUUCAGAGUAUUUAUUUUGUUUUGUUUCCCAAGGUAUCCAACGACAGACAGCCAAAAGACUAAUUCUUCGAGAAUCUAAAAUCACGUUAAGUGAGUUGCACUCACAACAAAUAUUCCUCCGUACGAGCCUUGAUGAUACUUUUUUAAUACUUUCAAAUUUCCUAUACUUUAGGUUCACCUGCCACACACACAUGAUAAACAUUUGACAUAGUAUACUUGGCUGUUUAUGUCUACAUUUUUCUGAUUGUGGAAAGAAUCUUGUUGUAUAAAUAACAUCACCUUCUUACAGAUUUGAUGAGUGGGGUAGAGUUUUCAAUU